AUGGUUAAGUGCUUAAUAGUAGUAGUAGUAGUAGUAGUAGUAGUAGUAGUAGUAGUAGUAGUAGUAGUAGUAGUAGUAGUAGUAGUAGUAGUAGUAGUAGUAGUAGUAGUAGUAGUAGUAGUAGUAGUAGUAGUAGUAGUAGUAGUAGUAGUAGUAGUAGUAGUAGUAGUAGUAGUAGUAGUAGUAGUAGUAGUAGAAGAAAUAGUAGUAGUCAUUAUUUAUAUCUGGAGAUCUCUCUAA